AUGUUCACAAUCCCAAACGGGUUUCCAUGGAGACACUCAACCACAUGGUUUGUAUACUCUUCAUCCCCGAGUAGUGAUCGCAACUCUGCAAUAGAGGCUCGGAGACAUCUUUUCGCUGAGAGAAAUGAUUCCACAAGCUUCACGGCUAUGCGUCGGUCCCGAACUUUCAUCUGCGACUCUAAACAAUCGAUUUGUGUCUCUCUUACUGCUUCAGAUAGUCUCACUCUGUCUUGUUCACUAAUGAGCUUCCCAAGACAAACAAACCGGUUUCCCUUCUCUGCUAGUUGA